AGCAGCGCCCGGCUCUGAGCGCCGCACGUCGAGGCCCGCCUGGCCGCGCGCCGGCUCCGCGCCGCCUUUGGACUUGGCCGCGCGGGCGGACUGACCCCGGGAGGGAGGCGAGCGCCCGAGCCAGCGGGCCGAGCGCCAUGCGCCGCGCCAGCCGAGACUACACCAAGUACCUGCGCGGCUCCGAGGAGAUGGGCGGCGGCGGCUCCGGCGCCCCGCACGAGGGCACCCUGCACGCCCCGCCGCCGCCCGCGCCACCCGCACCGCACCAGCCCGCCGCCGCCUCCCGCUUCACGUUCAUGGCCCUCCUGGGGCUGGGGCUGGGCCAGGUGGUGUGCAGCGUCGCCCUGUUCCUCUACUUCCGAGCGCAGAUGGAUCCUAAUAGAAUAUCAGAAGAUGACACUCACUGCAUUAAUAGAAUUUUCCAACUCCAUGAAAACACGGAUUUGCAAGACACAACUCUGGAGAGUCAAGACUCAAAAUUAAUUCCUGAUUCGUGUAAGAGAAUUAAACAGGCCUUUCAAGCAGCUGUGCAAAAGGAAAUGCAGCACAUUGUUAAAUCACAACACAUCAGAGCAGAAAAAGCCAUGGUGGAAGGUUCAUGGUUAGAUCUGAGCAGAAGGAAUAAGCCUGAGACUCAGCCCUUUGCCCACCUCACGAUUAACGCCACAGACAUCCCAUCCGGUUCCCACAAAGUGAGUCUGUCCUGCUGGUAUCAUGACCGAGGUUGGGCCAAGAUCUCCAACAUGACUUUCAGCAACGGGAAACUAAUAGUCAACCAAGACGGCUUUUAUUACCUGUAUGCCAACAUCUGCUUUCGACAUCACGAAACUUCAGGAAACCUCGAUGCGAAGUAUCUUCAGCUGAUGGUGUAUGUCACCAAAACCAGCAUCAAAAUCCCGAGUUCUCACACUCUGAUGAAAGGAGGAAGCACCAAAUACUGGUCGGGGAAUUCUGAAUUCCAUUUUUACUCCAUAAACGUUGGAGGAUUUUUUAAGCUACGAUCUGGCGAGGAAAUCAGCAUUGAGGUAUCCAACCCUUCACUUCUGGAUCCAGACCAAGACGCCACGUACUUUGGGGCUUUUAAAGUUCGAGAUAUAGACUGAGCCCCAUUUUGUGGAGUUGUUUUCAUGUAUUUCCUAAGAUGCAUAGACAACUUUCUUUAAAACAAGCCAAGAAAGAUGUAUAUAGGUGUGUGAGACUACUAAGCGGUAUGGCCCCCAGGGUACCAGAAGACCCUCCCCAUGCCUUUGAACUCUGUAGAGAGCAGAUGUAUUUACAGCCAAUGGAAGGGUUUUCUUACGCAGUGGUUUUUCAAUUUUGUAAUGAAUUCCAAGAAUUAAAGCAGAUUGGAGCAGUUAGGUUGUCUUUAGGAAUAACCAUGUUUGGCCUAUGGGAGGGGUUAAUUCUCUGGCUCUAGCCUGUGGCGAUGUGCCACCCCCAUGUGGCUGAAGUGGAGAAGGUGUCAUCUAAUUGCAGACUGAUGACCAUCUGAAGGGUUAAAUUCUUUUGAGUUGUUACAUCAUGCUGGAACCUGCAAAUAAAUACUUUUUCUAAUGAGGAGAGAAAAAUAAUAUGUAUUUUUAUAGAAUAUCUAAAGUUAUAUUUCAGAUGUAAUGUUUUCUGUGCAAAGUAUUGUAAAUUAUAUUUGUGCUAUAGUAUUUGAUUCAAAAUAUUUAAAAAAUGUCUUGCUAUUGACAUAUUUAAUGUUUUAAAUGUACAGACGUAUUUAACUGGUGCACUUUGUAAAUCCCCUGGGGAAAACUUGCAGCUACAGGAAAAAAAAAAUGUUUGCUAAUAUGAACUGUGUUAUAUUUCUUCAUUCUCCUUAACUUAAUAGAUUUUUCAGACUUGUCAAGUCUGUGCAAAAAAAUUAAAAAGGAUGCCUUGAAUACUAAGCAGAAUGCUGGCCACCAGGUGCCUUUCAAAUUUAGAAGCUAAUUGACUUUAGAAAGCUGACAUUGCCAAAAGGAUACAUAAUGGGCUACUGGGAUCUGUCAAGAGUAUUUAUAUAAUUAUUGAACAGGUGUUUUUUUUCUACAAGUGCUGCAAAUUGUAAAAAAUUUUUAAUGGAAAAGUUAGCAGUGGCUUACAGCAAAAAAAUUCCAUUUUUAAUUUAGGGAAGUCAUUUUAUAUUAUACAAUAAAAACA